GGACUUCGCGAUUUCUUCUCGAGUUUAUGAAUGGCACUGAUAUGGAGGAAAUACCGUUUCAGAAAGUCAAAACCAGAAGGAAGAAGUGCCACUGCUCCCCCGCCCCCCCUCUGGAUUCCAUCGCAUGCGAAGACGAGUUUGACUGCAAAGAGCUGGAAUCACUCUUCCAGAAUUACAACCUAAAGCUGGAGCAGACCUCCACCUUGAAGGCUCUGGCUGUUUUAAUUAUCAUGACAGCGACUUUAGCCUUGGUGGAGCUCAUGUCCGGACCUCGCUUGACCAUCUCUAAAGGGUCACAUCCAGUGCACUGUAUUAUUUUUGUGUCCCUCUUCAUUGUCACCAACGUCAAAUAUCUCCAGGUAACCCAGUUGCAGCAAAUUGUCAAGCUCACCUUGCUGUUCAGCUUCACUUUUUCCUUUUUGUGUUGCCCUUUCUCCUUGGGAGCUUAUGGCUUGGAGCCCCCCUCUUCAUCAGAUCAAGGAAUGUGGCAACUCAUGCUGGUGACGUUUGUGUCCUAUGCUUUGCUGCCUGUUAGGACCCUGCUGGCAAUCAUUUUUGGUUUCAUGGUGUCUGUUUCUCACAUCAUUGUUACAGCCACAUCUGUCAGCGUUAAAAGACACAGGCUCUGGAGAAUGCUUGUGGCCAAUGCUAUUCUUUUUGUCAGUGUGAAUUUGUCUGGGGUCUUCGUGCGGAUUUUGACAGAAAGGGCCCAGAGAAAAGCAUUCCUUCAGGCCAGAAACUGCAUUGAGGACAGACUCAGGCUAGAGGACGAAAAUGAAAAACAGGAACGUCUUUUAAUGAGCCUUUUACCUAGAAAUGUUGCCAUGGAAAUGAAAGAAGAUUUUCUGAAGCCACCUGAUAGAAUUUUCCAUAAAAUUUACAUUCAAAGACAUGACAAUGUUAGCAUUUUAUUUGCAGAUAUUGUUGGUUUCACAAGCUUGGCAUCCCAGUGUACAGCACAAGAGCUGGUAAAGCUGUUAAAUGAACUUUUUGGGAAGUUUGAUGAAUUGGCAACAGAAAAUCACUGUCGAAGAAUUAAGAUUCUUGGAGACUGUUACUACUGUGUAUCUGGAUUAACACAGCCCAAAACAGAUCAUGCACAUUGCUGUGUUGAAAUGGGAUUGGAUAUGAUUGACACCAUUACAUCUGUUGCAGAGGCAACUGAAGUAGAUCUCAACAUGAGAGUCGGACUGCAUACUGGCCGAGUUCUGUGUGGUGUCCUGGGGCUUCGCAAAUGGCAGUAUGAUGUCUGGUCCAAUGAUGUUACACUGGCUAAUGUAAUGGAAGCUGGAGGAUUGCCUGGGAAGGUUCACAUUACAAAGACCACCCUAGAGUGCCUAAAUGGGGAUUAUGAAGUUGAACCAGGUUAUGGUCAUGAAAGAAACAGUUUCUUGAAAAAGCAUAACAUAGAGACAUUUUUCAUUGUGCCAUCUCAUAGAAAAAAGAUAUUCCCAGGACUGAUUCUGUCUGACAUAAAGCCUGCCAAAAGGAUGAAAUUCAAGACUGUCUGCUAUCUUUUAGUUCAACUUAUGCAUUGUCGUAAAAUGUUUAAAGCAGAAAUUCCAUUUUCAAAUGUAAUGACUUGUGAGGAUGACGAUAAGAGGAGAGCUUUACGAACAGCCCCCGAGAAACUCAGGAACCGUUCCUCUUUUUCUGCAAAUGUCAUACAAAAUACCCCAGGAACCCGCGUGAAUCGUUACAUUAGCCGUUUGAUUGAAGCUCGGCAAACUGAUUCGGAGUUGUCAGAUUUGAAUUUUAUUAGUUUGAAAUAUAAGCAAUCUGAGCGUGAGCAGAAAUAUCACCAGCUUCAUGAUGAAUAUUUCACCAGUGCAGUGGUACUUUCAUUAAUUUUAGCUGCCUUAUUUGGCCUUGUCUACCUUUUAAUAAUCCCACAAAGCACUAUUGUCCUUGUCCUCCUGGUGUUCUGCAUAUGCUUCCUAGUGGCAUGUAUUAUGUAUCUACAUGUCACACGAGUGCAGUGUUUUCCAGGGUGCCUAACAAUACAGAUACGAACCAUUUUAUGUAUUUUUAUAGUAGUAUUAAUUUAUUCUGUGGCACAAGGAUAUGUGGUUGGCUGCAUGCCUUGGUCAUGGAGUACAAAUUCCAGCAGCUCUAUUAUGAUUAUUUCUCCAAAUGGAGAAAAUAAAACCAUGGAGGAACGUCCAUGUGACACAGCUCACUAUGCUUUCUUAUCCUGUGUGGUGGGCACCUUAACAAUGGCAAUUUUUUUACGCAUUUCUUCAUUGCCAAAAAUGAUUUUACUUCUUUUUGUUACUGUUUUAUACAUAGUAGUUUUGGAACUCAGUGGAUACAGAAAUGCUGCAGGACGGGGAUCUUUUUAUAUGCGAGGUUAUGAACCCAUUCUAGCUAUUUUGCUGUUUUCCUGUUCUUUGGCACUCCAUUCUAGACAGGUGGACCUGAAAUUACGCAUGGACUACCUCUGGGCUGUGCAGGCAGAAGAGGAGAGAGAUGACAUGGAGAGAGUCAAGCUGGAUAAUAAGAGAAUUCUCUUCAACCUCCUGCCAGCACAUGUUGCACAGCACUUUCUUAUGUCAAAUCCAAGGAAUAUGGAUCUUUAUUAUCAGUCUUAUUCACAAGUCGGUGUGAUGUUUGCCUCCAUUCCUAAUUUUAAUGAUUUUUACAUUGAACUUGAUGGCAAUAAUAUGGGAGUGGAAUGUUUACGACUUUUAAAUGAAAUUAUUGCUGAUUUUGAUGAGCUCAUGGAAAAAGAAUGCUACAAAGACAUUGAAAAAAUCAAGACAAUUGGAAGUACAUACAUGGGAGCUGUAGGACUGGUACCAACAACAGGAACAAAGGCAAAAAAAUCUAUUUAUUCUCACUUAAGCACAUUAGCAGAUUUUACAAUUGAAAUGUUUGAUGUUAUUGAUGAAAUCAACUAUCAGUCUUACAAUGACUUUGUUCUUAGAGUGGGAAUAAAUGUUGGACCUGUGGUUGCAGGAGUUAUUGGUGCCCGACGCCCUCAGUAUGACAUUUGGGGCAACACAGUUAAUGUUGCUAGUAGAAUGGAUAGUACUGGGGUGCAAGGAAAAAUUCAGGUAACCGAAGAUGUCUAUCGAAUAUUAAAGAGAUGCAAUUAUGAAUUUGUUUGCCGAGGUAAAGUCAGUGUUAAAGGCAAAGGGGAGAUGUUAACAUAUUUCCUUGAGGGAAAAGUUGAUGGAUCAAAUGCACAAACUCGAUCUCUAAACAUAGAACGUAAAAUGUACCCUUAUGGUAGAUCAAACAUUCCAACAAAGUUGGGUACAAGUUGUCCAUCUGCAGCAAGUCUUUCUAGCCCAACUGUGGGUACACUUCAAGCUACAACAUCUCAUGCAAAUCAGACUCUUCAUUUCCUUCCUUCUGUGCCUGCAGUUGAAGAGGCAUGA